CCCAUUUCCAAUGCAACUGUCUAUCGCGCACGAGUGUGAUCCCAUCCGAUCCCCACAUGCGUCUUGGCCCUGGCCCCAUCCACCACCGCGCUAAGCCGCUCACCGUUUUUUCUCCGGACUCCUCCUGAACCAUCUCUGUUCUCGACUCGUUUCGGUCUGGACCUGCUGUUCUUCCUCCUUCCUCUUCUUCUUCACUCUGGUUUGCAACCGCCCACGGCACCAUUUGGAUUGUUAUCAGUCCUUGAUUACUAUCAUCUCGGGUCCAGCCCCUCACCCUCGGCUGACUUGUUCUUGUCUCCGCACCUCCUCACCACUCAGGCGCACUAUCUCCGACCGGGCAUGGGUCGCGCGAUCAUCCGCUGAUCCUCGACAUUGUUCUCAGUUCUGUCUGCGCUUCUUUUAAUUUUUUCGCGGCGCCUCUUUUUCUUCCCGCCAGUCAAACCGAGCACAGUCUAUUUAGCCGCGCCCUCUUUCUGGCACUUCUGUCCUCGUCCGCGCACCUCGACACGCAUUGCCAGGGCACGCGCGCCCAAGAUGGAUCUCUUCCGUCGGCUUCACCAGAACUCGUAUCCUCCCCGGCCAUCACCUCUAAGCGGCUCCCAAGAGCCGCGCGAUGAUCGUGCUCGCCAACUCGGUGGUCACUCAUCGGCCCACGACCCUCGCCGCCGCACCGAGAGCGACAAAGCCCGACCGGCCAGUCGCUACGAGUACACGACGCCCACGUCAGAUCUAUACUCACCGGGUGUAUCAAGGGGGUCGCAAGGGGUCCGGGGUGAGAAUGCUGGGGCGGCGAUUUCUCCGCCGCGGAACCAGCAUGCACACCAGCAUCGGCGGAAUGCCAGCCUCGAAACGCGGCAGCACCCACAUGCGCAUCGCCGAAAUCACUCCCAACCGCAGGGAACUCAUUAUCGAGAAGGUCCUCAAGAACAUUCUGCACCACCAGCAUUUGGUAGUCGACAAAUGCCUCCUCCGUCUCCUCCACACUCCUACGGCGCCCGAUCGCAGUCGACCAACGCGCCUGCCUCAUCCCUACUUUCCCGCGAUGCGCCCGGUGCUCCAUCCCAUCGUCCCGGCAGCAGUAUGUCCAUCUCUGCCAUGCUAGGAUCGGAUGCGGAACGCCCCGUUCGAGAUACUGGAUCAUCCCUCUUUUCGCGGCCUCCAGGGUCGUCAAUUUUCGGGAACGCGCCUCUGUCCGCCUCUUCCGCCAUGUCACCACCCACGGGCCCGUCUCGACCAUCACCACUAGACCAGUCCGCGUUCCGUCGAUCACAUACACCUGAGAAGUCAUUCUCAAGACCGCCGAUGGGUCGGCCGUACCGAUCUGGCUCUGGUGGAGGGUCGAGUUUGCUGGGAGGUGUCGAGCAGGCCAAAUUUGGCGGCCUGUCACGCGCACCACUCUCCCAAUAUCCCGAGAAGCCGCACUCCACGAACCCGUCUCCUCAAAUCCCCUCUGCCGAACCGUCUUACAACGAGCCCCGUAGGAUGAGCUUCAGCGGGCCAAUCGCUCGGCCUAACAGUCAACCACCGAACGCCGAUGCUUCAACACGCGCUCCCGCUUACAGUCCAAUCUCCCGCACAUCCGGAGGUCCUCUAGACCAAUAUGAGCCUGGCCAGCGUGCUAGCUCUUCGUCAUAUGCAGGGCUUGACCCGCACGGCCGGGAUCCUCACAGUCGAUUCGGUAGCAUCUUUGGGGACCGUCGCUCGGAAGAAACUGCCCUGAGGGAACGGGAACGGGAGCGGGAGAAGGAUCGGGAGCGGGAACGAGACCGAGAGAGAGAGCGCGCUCUUCUUGGGGCGGACACAAAGGGUCCGCUUGCCACGCGGACACGAUUCGGGGCUUUGUAUGGCGAACGUGAACCGCUCGAACGGCACUCCGCCUCGUCUUGGGAUCACGGUCGCUCGCAUCCGUCAUCCCCCGAGUCAAAACGUUUCCCGGCACCCGAUGCUGCAUCGGGUUUCGGAUUCGGUGCCAUCCAGAGCUAUACCAAGUCUUUGGGGUCUCAGCCUGGGGGCGGUCGGCAGCCUCCGUUGUCACUGCAGACUGGCCAUGGGCAAGUUUCGCCCACUCAACGCGAAUCACCCUAUCUCAGCAAAUCCCAAACACAACCCUCACGCUUGGGUUCCACUCCUGUAACGGCCUCUUCUACGACAGCUCCCUCACUCGGACUCUCUGCGGCUGAGGAACAGGGGCGACGGAAAGGUAGUGAUGAGCUAUUCCAUCACCGGAACCUGCUGGCGGUGGGCGUCGAUGGCAAACGUGGUGGCCGGGCUUCUCCGCUGCCUCAGGCUGUUCAAGGUGCUUCUGGGGAACCAGGCAUCAAAAAUGAGCUGGGCAGGGUGUUUUCUGGAAUUGGUAGCGGCGUUGGCGGUGUGACUGCUGGUUCAUCGGGCAGUGGCCCAUCAACACCGCUCAUUGCGAGCCCAUUCAAGCGCGACAGUCUCACUGGUCGCUCAGUCAAUGGGGAUGUCGAAGAUGCUAAGGUUGCUCGACCAACAUCCGCGACGGGUCAACGGCGAUCAAGAAAAUCGCGUGAUGAGGAAGUUCCAAUGGAUGAAGGUGGUGCUGGGGCCUCUAGUCGAGGCCGUCGAUCUCGACAUGUGCAUCAUCACCAUCACCACCACCAUCAUCAUCGUCACAAGGCAGAUGACGAAGCCGCUACUCUCAGUAGCCUACAUCGGCCUACGUCCACCAACUUGUUAGGCCGAACUUCUACUCCCGCCGAAAUUGCUGCAGGCCACCAUCACCAUCAUCACCACCACCAUCAUCCCCCACCCCGAGCCGCAGCCACUGUUGCCGCAUCUCCCAUCCGGGAGCCUCGUACGACUGUGAAUCUCGAACCUCUCCUAUCAAGCGUCGCACACUUGCCACGCUACCACCUGGGGUCCACACUGUAUACCCCUCGUGUCGGUGUUCCAAGUGCCAAAGCGUCCUCGGAAAGCUCCAAGUUCGGCUACACAACCACCCCGCAACCCCUCCCCAGGUUCGAGCAACGUGAGAACUGCACUUUCACCGUUCGUGUUCCCCGCUUCCGGAUCGAUGCGGCUCGGCGUGAGGAGAUCUGUGCGCGACGAGCGUUGUGGGGCACGGGCGUCUAUACGGACGACUCCGACCCCGUUGCCGCUGCCAUCCACUCGGGAUACAUCCGAGGCGCUUGGGGGGAGGAUGUGGAUGAAUCCAUGCUUGAACUGGAAAUCAAGGACACCUACCAACAUGCCCCGCAGCCCACGGCCGAUGAGCGUGCUGCGAGUGCCUCCAAGGGCGAGCAAGAGGCCCGCAAGCCCCGUCUUCCACCAGUCCCUCCUGCCGACAAGGACCUACACAUUACCCUGUUGAUUCUCCCCCGUGUCGACCAGUAUGAAUCGACCGUAAUGUUCGGUCUCAAGUCCCGCAAGUGGACCGGCCGUCAUGACGGGGUAAGCUUUAAGGUCCACCGAGUGGAGUGGGUGGAUGACGGGGUCGGACGCGGGGAAGAGCGAAGCGGCGAGGCCCGACGCAAGCGUCUGCGUACAUUGAUGCAGACGGGACGCAUCUGUACGGGGCCAGCCAUGGCGAGGAUGGACGAGCUUCGUCAGCGCGGAGUGCAAGUUCCCCGUGCUCUGGAGGGCCAAGAGCAGCCCACUCCCGUUCAACCGGUGUCUUAAUGUCUAUCUUACGAAGAUCUCCUCUCUCGCAUUUCUAUCGCGACUUAUCCUUUGUUCCGGACCCACCUGAACUGUCGCUAGUCUUCGCGGGGGCUCCUUUUUUUUCCCCCAUGGGGAAUCUGUUUAUCUGGUUCUGGAUCGGACUAGGGGCGUUUCCUCCUUUUUUCUUUUGUCAGUGUUUUACCUGAUAUCGGUCUGCAAUUUUCUUGUUUUCUUGGGCUUGUCGAUACCUGCGAAUAGCGAGUUUUCUUACCGUUUGGAUGUGCGAUUUGUUUGUAUGUCCCUAUUCUAUCUUGUUUCCGUUCUUCUCCUCCGCCUGACCAUCCAUUCGGGUCAGCGGGAGCGGAUGAAGGGAUGCUCUGGGGGGGCUGACAGGGAUAUACGUCUGACCCCUCCUUGCCAUUUAUUGUUUGAUUCUAGUAUGUAGUCUCUAUAAUGUUCAUGACGCUCUCCGCGGAGAGCACGUUAGGGUUUCCCGGACAAGAUGA